AUGCCUCUCUGCGGCGGCACCAAGACUGUACAGCGGAAGCUCGUGCUUCUAGGCGAUGGCGCUUGCGGAAAGACAUCGCUGCUAAAUGUGUUUACAAGAGGGUACUUCCCAACGGUAUAUCCCCCCACAAAGCGAACCAACUGUCUUCGAGAACUAUGUACAUGGGUGCCCCAUCCAGACAUCUUCAUCGACAAUGUGCAUGUCGAGCUGAGCCUCUGGGAUACGGCCGGCCAAGAAGAAUUCGACCGGCUGCGCUCGCUAUCCUAUGACGACACCCAUGCUAUAAUGCUCUGCUUCAGCGUCGACUCGCCCGACUCCUUGGAAAACGUCGAGACCAAAUGGGUGGGCGAAAUUGCGGAGAACUGCCCCGGUGUGAAGCUCGUGCUCGUGGCACUCAAGUGCGACCUCCGAGAACAGACCGACGCCGACGAUGAGGACGGACAGCAAGGCGAGAAACCGGUACUCAUCAACUACGAUCAAGGGCUCAAGGUCGCAGAAAAGAUUCGCGCGUUGAGAUACCUCGAAUGCUCCGCUAUGAAGAACAGAGGUGUCAACGAGGCCUUCACAGAGGCGGCAAGAGUGGCCCUUUCUGUCAAGAACGCAAAGGACAACGACGCGAAGUGCGUCGUUAUGUAA